CCUCAGUGUGUGCUGAUGAUUUGCCAUUUGCUUGCUUCUUCUUCCUGCUCUCCAGCCUUCCAUUAUGUGCCCUUCAAGAAGCCUGUUUGUUACUGUCCAUCCCAGACGCUGCUGGGCUGCUCCUGUAGCUGUUAGUUCCGCUAAAGGCUGGAGGGCUGCUCUAAGACCUGGAUGCAUACCUUAUGCUUGACUGCUGCCAUGCCACCACAAAGAGCUUAACUUCCGUCCAGAAAGCUAACCCGCUCUUCUUUCCGCCACUAGCUCGAAGCGGUUCCCCCAAGCCGCUCGUCAAUAAGGUGCGAAGCAGCUUUGUUGCCGUCGAACGAAACGGCGUCAUCGGCCUGGUCAGGGAAGACAGCCUUUCUCGAACCUCGACUCCGCGAGGCAGCCUCGACAUCGACCGCGAAGCCAUCUCAAAGGCCAAGAUCGAUAAACCCCCCAAGUCGCCCAAGUCGCCCAUGUCCCCUGCGUUCCUGGCUAGCCUCAACUCCGCCAUGAGCCAGAUAUCUGUGCGAUCCGCCCGAGCUUCCCUCGAGUUCCAGCAGGAACAGGAGGGACUGCCGGGAGCUGUUACCGACAAGCCAAGUCACAACCCGGACAAGGUUGUCGACGAAGAGACUCCCACCGGUGUGCUGUCGCCAGCAGACCCAACCACCGCAACGGCUGAGCCUGCGGUCAAGUCUGCCCCCGAAUCUGUCGCUGAAUCUGCACCUGAAUCCGCAACAGAGUCAGCUCCCGAAUCAGCUCCCGCGAAGAAAUCCGAGCCUGAGCAGCCGGCAUCCAAGGAAACUGCCGCCCCUGCGAGCAGCACCGACAGUGUCUCACAAAAGUCAGACAAGUCGACCAAGCCAGCUGCCGCCACCAAGGCUGUCGCGAAGCCUGCCGCAACCAAGACUACGGCCACAAAGACUGCGGCCACGAAGACUACAGCUACUAAGACUGCUGCUACAAAGACUGCUGCAGCUCCCGCUCCCAAGGCGGCAGCCGCCAAAGCCACUCCCAAACCUGCUGCAGCAACUGCUACCAAAGCCGCUACCGACUCCUCCAGGCGAGCGAACGCCAGACCAUUGCAAAAGACAGUAGAAGCCACUGCCAGAAGAUCCACUUCGGCUGUCCGGUCGAGCUCUGCUGCCCGGUCAACUUCGGCUGUCAGAUCCUCUUCUGCCGUCAGACCCGGUUCUGCAGCCAGACCAGGCUCUGCAGCCAGGCCAGCUUCUGCCGCAAAGACUGGAGCUGCAACUGGUGCUGCUAAGAAGCCUCACCCCAUCAAGAUUGACAGCGGUGCUGCUGUCCCGAAGCCAAAGACCAGAUCGCCCACCAAGCCGGUUGGCCUCCCUGCUUCCCUCACCGCUCCCACCGCCUCUUCCGUCUCCAAGACUGGUGCGGGUGCGGCAUCUGGAGCAACUCAGUCCAGACCGACCAAUUCAAGGCAAUCUCUCGGCCCCCUGGGCGGGCAGGUUCCUGGCCAUGUUGUACAUGGUGCUAAGACAGCCAAACAAGAGUCUGCUCUGCGGGCCGCCAAAGAAAGGUCUGCUGCGCGAUCUCGACCCAGCAUUGGGCCACCGCCCGCCAAGCCUACCAAAGAGGCGCCUAAGAAGACGAAGGACGUUGACGAGGGCUUCUUGGCCCGCAUGAUGCGACCUACGCAGGCGUCAUCCAGCAAGACGGCAGGGGAGCCAACUACACCUCCUAAGAAAUGUGGAUCCCGACCCUCUACUGCUGGAACGGCAGCAUCUGGAUCAGAUCGCAGCCACUAUGAGGGCAGCCCAACCCGAAAGUCUUCUCCUAGGAAGUCGAUCGGCAAGAAAUCCCCUUCUCCCUCAUUGAGCGAGAAAUCCGUCACCAAGCCCAAGGAGGAGGCUGUUGAGGAGCCCGUCAAAGAUGUGGCUCAGGAGGAGGCUGCUCCUGUGAAGGCUGAGGAACCCGAGCCUCUCCCAGUGGAGGAGGCGGCUGCUGAAACUGCCAAUGUCGAGACUGCUGAGGAGGUUGUUGCUAUUGCUGAGGAUGCCGAGCUCACCCAGGCCGCCCCUGAGCCCGUUGCUGAGGUUGCUGAGGUUGCUGAGACCAAGGUUGAGGAGACUCCCGCUGCCGAGCCUGUUGUCGAGUCUGAGCCCGUUGCUGAGCCCGAGGCUGCCGUCGCCGUUGAGGAAGCUCCUGUUGAGCCGGCUACUGAAGCCACCGAGGAGCCCAAGGCGGAGGAGGUUGCCGAGCCCGUCGCCGAGCCAGUUGUCCUGGAGACUUCUGAGAAGGCUGACGAGACCGCUGUUCAGGCUUCCUCAUAAUCAACAAAUUAUAAAUCAAUGGCAAAAAUAAUAAUAGCAGUUUGGUGUUUUGUUGGUCAGGGACGGCGUUUGUCAAGUUUUGACAUUGGUGGAGAUGUGUUUUUU